AUGAAAUCUGAUGUAACAGGUACGUUGAUCUUCUUAUUCUAAGUACCAGCAAUACCUAUUUGUUCAACACAAGAGCUAUCUUAAAGUAAUAAUCCAAGAUCAGGCCAUUGGACACAAGCAGAACACAAACUCUAUCUUGAUUUUCUUUAUCAGUCCUAAGAUUUGAUUGAAUCAUCUUAAAAUAACAAAGGAUAAAGAUUAUUCAAAAAAAUGAGUUAAGUAAUUGCCACAAGAAGUCCAAGUUAAUGCAGGUAUAAUUUUCGUCAACCUAUAACAACAACAGAUCACAUCACCAAAAAUUCAAUCCAUUUAAUGUUCAAAUAAUAAAAAGAAAAAAAAGUAGUAAAUUAUCUAAGCCAAUCAAAGAAAUACCACCAUAAAUCAGAAGUAAAUAAUAUUUCCGAAAAUUAUUUGCCUCUUUUAAAGAUCAUAGUUCCGAAUCUAUGUCAGAGGAGGAGCUAAAUCAAAAUAUUUAAUGA